AUGGCUGAAGUCAUAGACUAUCGAGUUUCUCGAAUUGUAGUCCUUUGUAAAGAUUGUGGUCAUGACGUUGGUCUCUAUCCUGCUCGUCACAAAUGUGAGUUGCCCGAUUCCGAUUCCAUCCCAAUUCCUCCUAUUCCAAAACAACACCUUUCCACUAAAAAUAAAAAUAAUAAUGAUACUAAUGCUUCUGGGUUGUGGGGUAAACUUAGAUCUGUAAAUAACUGGAAAAACGUAUCUGAAGAUGCUUCUGUCACUCCUACUAUGUCACAACCUACACAAGGUUCUAAACUAUGGGAUAAAUUAUUGAAUGCUGCUGCUUCUUAUAAUUCUAAUCAUGAUGAUGAUUCCGAAUAUGAAUCUGAAGCAGAAGGUUGGGAAGGUGAAACCCACAUUUCCCGUAUAUUACGUGAAUACCAUCAGCAAAAAUAUGGUGAUAUCCCUGAUUGGUUAUAUGAUUCUAAUGAUAAAUCCAAUUCGGAUGAUAAUAUUAAGAGGGGCAGGCAAUUAGGGCUACCAAUUGUAAUUGACACAAAUCGUGUCAAUACUUCUUCAGAUAGUUUUGCUAACCGUAAUGAUCAAAGAAAAUUCCCAUCUUCUUUACCGAACAAUUUUAAUUUAAAUGUGGUCAAUGAUAAGAGCAAUAAUACUCUCAAACCACCUGCCUACCAAAGAGCAGGUGCUGAUAGAUCUUAUUCAAACUCCAAUAGAGCAAGGAGUACCAGUCCAAAUCCUUAUAAUAAUAAUUUUUUAGCUUCGCCUCGUGAUGGCGAUCCUUUAUAUAAUCAACGGUCAGGAAACUUAGCUUCGCCUCGUGAUGGCGACCACCUAUAUAAUCAACGGUCAGGAAACUUAGCUUCGCCUCGUGAUGGCGAUCACCUAUAUAAUCAACGGUCAGGAAAUUUAGCUUCGCCUCGUGAUGGCGAUCACCUACAUAAUCAACGAUCAGGAAAUUUUAGAAAAGGUGGUUACUUUUAA